CUCAUUUCCGGUCUGUGAGAAAAAAGAGGGUCCUUUUUUUCCUCCAUCCUGGUAUUUGGUUCAUCCUGGUCCCUGAGAAGUUCCCGGACCCAAAACAGGAAGCUGAGCAUGAACGCAGGAGAUGUCUCAGGCUCCGUGGCUUUGGACUCCGUCAGUUCUGUUACUUUCACACAGGACACCGACGGUACCAUCAUCCUGCACUGCGCUCAGAACGAUGAAGGGCCGAUGGGGUCGGACGAGGAACCCGAACCCAUUCAUAAACGGUUGCGUUUGUCCAGCGAGGACACAGAGGACCCCGCCUCCACGCCGUCUGCUUACUCGGUGGUCGCACUUCCACUUUCAGAGCGCGAGGAGAGCUUUGAGGUGACGAUGACGGCUACGGAAAUGAAAGACGAUCUGGAUCAGGAGAGCGAAGAUCAAUCGAAGGAUGAGAAGUUGUCCUCGUCACGGAAAACCAGCGACGUGACGGCAGUCAGCCAGGCCUGGUUUACGACCAAAGAGGACAAGAACACGUUAGUGAACAAAGGUCACAAGUGGAAACAGGGCAUGUGGUCGAAGGAGGAGAUCGAUAUACUGAUGAGUAACAUUGAAAACUACCUCAAGAACCGGGGGAUUCAGGACCCUUCAGAGAUCAUCUUCGAGAUGUCCAAAGAAGAGCGAAAGGAUUUUUACCGUAGCAUCGCGUGGGGUUUGAAUCGUCCCCUGUUCGCAGUUUACAGGCGUGUGUUGCGCAUGUAUGACAAUCGCAACCACGUGGGCAAGUACACACAAGAGGAAAUUGAAAAACUAAAAGAACUCAGGCAGAAGCAUGGAAACGACUGGGCCACCAUCGGGGCAGCUCUCGGACGCAGCGCCUCGUCGGUGAAGGACCGCUGCAGGCUCAUGAAGGACACGUGCCAUACAGGUAAAUGGACAGAGGAAGAAGAGAGGCGGCUGACGGAGGUGGUGCAUGAGCUGACCGGCACGGUGACUGGUGAUGUGGUCACUCAGGGGGUUUCGUGGGCAUCGGUGGCCGAUCUGGUUGGAACUCGCUCAGAGAAACAGUGCCGCUCUAAAUGGCUCAACUACCUGAACUGGAAACAGAGCGGAGGCACGGAGUGGACCAAAGAGGACGAUAUCAACCUCAUACGCAGGAUAAUCGAGCUGUCGGUGGAAGACGAGAACGAAAUAAACUGGGACAUUCUGGCUGAGGGAUGGAGCAGCGUUCGCUCUCCUCAGUGGCUCCGGAGCAAAUGGUGGACCAUCAAAAGACAAGUGUCCAAUCACAAAGACCUUCCAUUUCCUGUCUUGCUAAAAGGACUACAGGACGUUGUGGAAGCUCCUUCACCCACAGUGAAUAAGGUAGUGGUGGUGGGCUCGCGCUCCGUUCACGCCUCGUCCAGCCCCGUCACUGCGUUACAGAUCCCUGUCCAGAUCCCGGUCCAGAUCACACACGUCUCUUCUUCAGACAGUACAAGCGGCAGCUCAGAAAGCGGGACGAUUACCCUCAACUCAGGAGCCCUGCAGACGUUUGAACUUCUGCCAUCCUUCCACUUGCAGCCCACCGGCACCCCCGGUACCUAUUUCCUCCAGACGGGGUCCAAUCAGAGCCUGCCUCUCACACUCUCUACCAAUUCCACCGUCACGCUCGCAGCCGCAGGAUCACCCAGCUCACCAGAGCAGAUCAUCUUACACAGCUUGGGCGGAGACAGUCUGAGCGACAACGUUACAGUGCAAAUGUCUCACCCUGGCAUCAUAAUCCAGACUGUGACAUCAGAAGACCUUCCCGAUCCCCUUAACCAAUCAGAGUUGAAGUCGGAGCAGAAUUUGGCCAAUGAGGAAGCUGCUGAGGGGCCGGAGUGCACGAAGGAAGGGGACGAGUCGAGUGAGCAGAGCUCUAAAGUCAUGCAAGAGGACUCGACAGAUAAGAGUUUGAAAUUAAAGGAAGCGGUGAACAGUGGGAUAGAUGACGGCGCGGUGCUAAUCGUCCCGUCACCCAGCAGCUUCAUCCCGACCAGCGACAUCACCACCGACUCCGUCCUUCCCGUCGGUACACUGACAGAUCCCAUCCUGCAGAACCAGGAGGAAGGGUCAGACUUAUGAGCACCUGUAUGGAGGCUUCCAUGAAAUUUGUGCUGUCAGUUUUGUGCGUCUUAUACAAGAGAAGGUUGGGUGUUUGUGAGUAAACACGCCCUCGUUCUCAGAACUGCUGUAAAGGGCAAGUAUUAUCGGUGCAGGCCAUGCGGUUUAAACCGGGAAAGUCUGAAACUUCUGCGUAAUGUUUUCUACACUUUGCCAAAACGGUCAUUAGAUUUAACAGUAUGAACACACUGAGCCAGUCAUCAUGAGGACGAAUCACUGGGAGAACACACACACACAAUGUUUACUUCUAUGGAUCUGUAUAAUGUUUGAAUAUUUGUAGAUCUGUACACAAUUAUGGACAAGAUGCAUUCAUGGAUUUUUUUUUGGUCCAUUGAAUAGAAAAGCAUUACACUGAAAUCUGACUCUUUUUAAUGGACAUCUGAGUACUGCUUUCUCAUUCACAUUUUAUGAUAUUUGCACUGAUCCAUCUUCGGUUAUGAUAGUGUGAUAGCCAAACACCUAACGUCCGCUUGUCUGGACAGAUGUUAAUUUAUCAGAGGGUUACAUUUUCUAUGUGAGUGUAUGGUCUUGUGUUUAUUUAUUGAAUAAACAAAAUGUUAUUC